UUCUCCGCCAUUUCCUUUUCUUGUCUCCUAAUUUUCUUCUCCCAAAUUUUUAAUUCCCAUUAACCAGAAAUAAGCAUUUCUGCUAAUAUUCUCUUCCAAAUUCCAUCAUCCGUUCAUUAAUUAAUAAUAAAAUUCAAACCAAAUUAGAUAUUCUAUUUUUAUGCUUUAUUUAUUUAUUUAUUUUGCGGCAAGAGAGAGAUUAUAAGGUGGCUUGCCGCGCCUCCCUCUCUUUUCUCCUCCAACGAAUACAUUAUAGUUUCAGUCUCAAAAUCAUUGGUUAGGGUUUUCUUUAAAUCCCUGCGAAAUCUUCUCUUUAUGUUUUUUUAAAACUUUCUUUCCCAUUUCUUUUAAGGCGCUGCUGUUGGUGCGCCGACUAAUGAUGGAAAUCGUCAUUGCUUUGUAUUUCUACAGUCAUCAUUAUUUGUCUGUAAAUUCUUGCUCCUGAUUAAUUUCUAUCUUUACUUUUCUUUCCGGGAUCAGAUUUUCGGUUCAGUAUCUGGCUUUUCCCACGAUCUUGGAGUAGAUACCCAACCAGAAAGAGAAUUUAUAAGUGUUAAUGUUGGAAGCUGAAUGUGAAAAUUCGUUAUGUUAAAUAGGCAAACCAAGAUUCGUUUAUUCUUCAAUCAAAUCCCAAACCUCAAUACCCAGUCUCUCAUGUCUUGUUACUUCACCGGUAACGAGCCCUUCCUCAAGGGAUUUUUCCACUCUGCAACCAGUGACCAACCCCUAUGUCACCCAUUUCUCACGAAAAUAGCGUCUCUCAGAACUUGCGGCAGCAGCAAUGGUGGGUUUAGGAUCAACGGCAAGCCCCCGGGAUUAUCUAUAAAAGGCUGCUUUGAUUCUCAGAAGAUGAGCGAUCAAAAGGCACAGGCUGCAGCCUUGGCUCCACACCGGCCGUUGAUGCGGGAUUUGGAGAUUGGGGUUAUACAGGAGCGCACUGAAACGAAAUUGGUCAAUGGGCACGGGGCCUGCCAACGAGGAAACCCCCUUCGGUUUGCCCCUGACCACGAAAAGCUCGUCGUUGCCGUUGAUGUUGAUGAGGUUUUAGGAGAUUUCAUAUCAGCUCUCAACAGAUUUAUUGCGGAUCGUUACUCUUUGAAUCAUUCCGUUUCAGAAUACCAUGUUUACGAGUUUUUCAAGAUAUGGAACUGCUCGCGUGAUGAAGCUGCUGUCCGUGUUCAUGAGUUCUACAAGACAUCAUAUUUUAAGAAAGGUAUCCACCCCAUCCCAGGAGCUUGGCAGGCGCUUCAUAAGCUGUCAAGAUGUUGCAACCUAUCAGUUGUGACAUCUCGGCAAAAUGCAAUCAAGGAACACACAGUUGAGUGGAUUGAGAGGCAUUUUCCAGGACUUUUUCGAGAGAUUCACUUUGGCAACCACUUUGCCAUAGAUGGAGAGUCUAGACCAAAGUCAGAAAUAUGCAGAUCCUUUGGAGCAAAGGUUCUGAUAGACGACAAUCCGAGAUAUGCAAUUGAAUGUGCAGAAAUUGGAAUCAGGGUUCUUCUGUUUGAUUAUGAGAACUCCUAUCCUUGGUGCAAGACAGAGUCCGUUCAUCAACAUCCCCUGGUAACAAAAGUGCAUAACUGGGAGGAAGUGGAGCGGCAAAUACUUUCCUGGGUUCAAUAAUUUAUGAACAACAGUGGAGACCAUCACUUGAUGAAGAUAUACUAGAAAUUGAUUCUUACUCUCUAUUACUACAUUUGAUGGUGGCCAAAAA